AUGGACGUCUCGCAGUACGAUGUUGAGGUCGAUGGCGCUGACAAUGUCGAAGGCUAUGUCGAAACGUACGUCGAGCAGCAGCCAAGCGGACCUGUGAAGCUUUUUGUUGGCCAAGUGCCGCGUAACAUGGAAGAAGAUGAUUUGCGUCCUGUGCUUGAGGUUUACGGCCAAUUAGAAGAUUUAAUGAUCAUUCGCGACAAGAUCACAGGCGCUCAUCGGGGCUGCGCUUUUGCUUCGUACUUUACCCGUGACGCGGCUGAAAAGGCUGUGAUAGAACUUCACAAUAAGGUCACGCUGCCGCAUAGUAUCAAUCCAUUACAAGUGCGUCCUGCUGAGGGGCAGGCUGGUGCGUCUCAAGAGCAUAAACUCUUUAUUGGCAUGAUUCCAAAAACGGCUGAUGAGGGCGCUAUUCGAGAGGUUUUUGAGCUUUAUGGUACGAUUGAGGAAGUUUAUAUCUUGCGUCAUCCCUCAACGGGUUUGAGUAAGGGCUGUGCUUUUCUUAAAUUUAAGGAUCGUACUUCUGCUCUUGCAGCCAUUGAUGACGUUAAUGGAAAUAUCACAAUGGACCGUGGUACGUCGCCGCUUGUUGUAAAAUUUGCUGACAGUCGUCGUCAGCGUCUUCAACGUGCACGGAAUAUGGCGGCUGCAGCAAAUGCAUACUGGCCUUUGCCACCUGGAGCAGGACUUGCGUUUCCUCAACUGCAACAGCUUCAGCAGCAAUACAUGCAGCAGAUGCAAGCGUUUGGGGUACAAGUAGGCUUAAAUCCUGCUGUGGCUGGUCUCGAAUCGCCUGUUGGAGGUGCUGGUGGAGGCCCAGCAAGCCCUACAAACUCGUUUCUAUAUUACAAUCCGUAUGGGUUUGCGGCGGGACCAGCUGGUCCAUAUGGGUUUAACGGUCUGCCGAAUGUGGGCGCUGCAAUUAGUAGCUAUGAUAUGCAGUCUGGUGGUCUGGUAGAAAUGCAAGGUCAAGCAGUUGAAGCAGUGAAAGCCGCACGUACGACUAGCCAAUUGGAGGGUCCCACGGGUGCCAAUUUGUUUAUCUAUCAUUUGCCACACGAUUUAACGGAUGCUGACUUGGCUACUGCCUUUGCACCAUUUGGUACUGUCAUAAGUGCUAAAGUGUAUAUGGACAAGAUUACUGGAGAGAGCAAAGGCUUUGGUUUCGUGAGUUAUGAUAGUUCGGAAGCUGCCGACGCUGCUAUUGCUAGCAUGAAUGGAUUUCAGAUUGGUUCAAAGCGAUUAAAAGUCCAGCACAAGCGUAUACACCAGAGAAUUGAUUACAUGUCAAGCAGCAGUCUUCUUUGUCAUGAUGACGAUCUAGCGAAUAUAGAGUACCAUUCUGGUUUGGACGAUGGUUUUGACGAUGAAGAUGAUGGCGCUGAGUCUCCUAGCAGUGUCGCAGAAGGCAAUGACGGCGUCGACGCGUCACUAGACGAGGCCGUGCAGAAUCUGCGCAUUGACGCAUAA